CCGGCCAUGCAGCCUCCGGACAAAGCUACUUCCUGUCAUACGGUUCCGUGCCGCCCCAAAACUGCUCCCCCAUGUCCGUACAUGUCUAUCCGUACAUGUCUAGGAUCCCGUCCGGUAUCUGUCCUGUCCAGCUUGUUUUAACCGUACCUGCCAUACAUAUCUAGAUCGUGCUCUGUGUCCUGUUUCGGCUCCUAGACAAAUGGAAUUGCAUGAACUUUGCUGAAUCAUCAACGUGCCAGGGAUGUGCCACGUGGAGCAUCCAUAGAGCAUCUGCGGUACGAUCAUUUCUCGAUACACUUGCCGGAGGUUCACCAGCCCAGCUCCCCAUGUUGAGGACGCCAAGGCCGAUAUGUCCUUCGUCGAGUCCACAGGUAAAGCCACUUCCCAUCUAUGCGGCGGCCCACCAAAGCAAUUGUUUCUGUGCUAAACACUUUCCGACCAAUUGAACAGCGUCUAUCCAGGCGCACCCACUUGGCAGUGCCGCGAUGAUGUCCCGAGAACUCGGCGGCGUCGUGUCGCCGGAGCUGAAGGUAUACGGGACGGCCAACGUGCGUGUUGUCGAUGCGAGCGUGCUCUCUACCCAGAUUUCCGGUCACUUGACUGCGAUCAUCUACGCGGUUGCGGAGCGGGCGGCAGGUUUGAUCAAGAAAGACCAGAAGUGGAAGUAUCCCGAAGACCACAGCCAGGGGAGCCAGGGUGAGGAUUGGCGACGGAUGUGAUCAAGAAU